UCGAGACUCUGCAAAGUCUUUCAUUACGGGAACUCAAAUGUACAUACACUUACGUUAGAUUGGAAUCAUACACUUCUCCAAACCUUCGAAGUACCCAAUCCCUAUUAUCGUAACGUUCUAAUCCACAAUGACACACAACCACGCCAACUACCAAAAGCGCCUAGACUUUAUUCAAGAUCUUCUGUUCAAACGCUUUGGUGUAGAUGGAGCCAAUAUCCAACCUCUCCAAUAUGAUCCGGAGUGCCCCUUCAAAUACAACAACUUCGUCUACCGCAUCACCUUGACUUCGCCCAUCACAACCCGAGCCCAAGAGGCUCCGCGACAGCCCGGAACUGUUCCAAUUCCGGACGGAACCAAGGAGUUCAUCCUACGUCUCAGCAAUCCUGACGCCGAGGGCAUGAAUCCAGAGACAAGAGUGGAGAACGAGGUCGCCAUCAUUUCACUCGCUGCAAUGGCUUUGCGUGAUUUCAGUCCGCCUAUAGUGCCUUCGGUGUAUGCAUGGGGAAGCGCGACCUCACUGUCCUCACAAGGUUGGAUCCUCCAGGAACUCAUGCCGGGCGCUCCCGUAGAUGACAAACUGGACUCUAUGUUUAUCGAGGAGAAGCAGACUGUGCUUGCGCAAAUGGCCCGAAUUCUCAAGGCAUUGCAGGAUUUCGAUCUUCCCGAGAAUAUCAAGGAGUAUGGCGGAGUAACUUUUGAGAGCUCGGGGAAUAUGAUAAGCGCACCGAUGACGAGUGUAGGCAGUGGGCCAUGGCACACUUACGAAGAUUACUUUCGAGAUCGGUUGGAACGAGCGCUCAAGAAGUCGGAUGAGAAUCCCUAUAUCAAGGGAUGGCAUGCCAACGGAGUGAGGCAGCGCCUAGAGGCUUUUGUCAAAUCGGGUGUUCCGGCACAGUUUCAGUCUCUCGAGUCCAGAGAUGGCAAGUGCAUUGUGCAUGCAGACUUUACCCCUAAUAACCUGCUCUAUGACUCGUCAGCGCAGCGUAUCACCGCUUUGAUCGACUAUGACUUCGCCUGUAUUCUGCACCCGUCGUACGAAUUUCUGCGCUCCUUCAGUGGUGCCGAAGGCCAGUUCCAGGGUUGGUCUGAUAUCGAGUCUAGGGAGGAGACGGCACUUAGAGACGCCAAGCUCCAUCGAUUCCCGUCUCCACUCCCGGAAACGAGAAAGGAUGGAGUUAGUUGGGCUAUGGCCAAGGCAUGGGAAGACGAGCUUGAAAAGCUGGAUGUGAAGAGGCUCAGGACCAUGAAGGGGAUCGACAAGGUGGCCGAUGUGGAUGCAGUUCUUCGGUCGAUUUUGCCGUGGAGGGUCACCAAUUCGGAUAUUUUGAGGUUGCAGAGUGAGGAGGUGAUUCUCAAGUGUAGGGAUGAAAAUGAGGCGCGGUUAGUGAAGCUGUUGGAUCAUUUGGGAUAUUGAAAUGAGGAAACAGCAAGGAGAGCUGGAUUGUUUGUCCCAAUUUCGUCUAUAUUGACUGUGAGCAUUGGACAAGAAGCUCUCGGCCGUUCGAGGAGGCACCCAGACUUGAGCACGCGGUGGGCAUCAGGAAUAAGGGGUUCAAGAAAAAAGUGUGAGAGAAGUGUAACAUCAGUACAUCAAGAUAAUAAAUGAAAGACCACGGUGGAAGAGAGGAUGAGAAGAAGCAAAGCCGGUGAUACUGUGUGCUGUACCCCGUACUUGUACAUACGUGUAUGAAGUUUGGGUGAUUAAUU